UAUCCCAGCAUCCCCCGCGGGGCAGCGGAGAGGAUCGGGCUAGAGCGGUGGCAGUAGCAGGCUGAGCAUGUCGGAGAAGAAGCAGCCCGUGGACCUGGGGCUUCUGGAGGAGGACGAUGAGUUCGAGGAGUUCCCAGCGGAAGACUGGGCAGGUUUAGAUGAAGAUGAAGAUGCACACGUUUGGGAAGAUAACUGGGAUGAUGACAACGUAGAAGAUGAUUUCUCCAAUCAGUUAAGAGCUGAAUUAGAAAAACAUGGAUACAAGAUGGAGACCUCAUAGUUUUCACUGAAAACUGAAUGAUUUAAAAUUGAACUGUAGAUGGAAUAUAUUGAAAAAGGAAGACAAGACAGCAAAUGAGAAGAAACAUUCAGUCAUUUAUCUAUCUUGGAUUUAUUUUUGUUUUGUAUAAAUAAUAAACAUUUUUAAUCUUAGCUGUA